AUGCGCAUCGCCUCUCGCCAGCUGCUCUCCGCGGGAAAGUUGCUCAAAGCGGCAGCCCCCGCAGAAGUCGCCGCACUUGGCGGUGCAGGAGGCGGGCGUGGCCUCGCGGCGUCGGCGGCAAGUGAUACCAGCCGUCCGAUCGUGGCGAGCCUUCCAGAUCUGCCGUACGAUUAUGGCGCGCUGGAGCCGGUGGUGAGCGGCGAGAUCAUGCAGUUACAUCACGCGAAGCACCACGCUGCUUACGUGGCGGGUUACAACAAGGCCGUGGAACAGUUGGACGCAGCGCGGGGGAAAGGCGACACGGAGACGGUGGUGUCGCUCCAACGAGCGAUCAACUUUAACGGCGGAGGCCACGUGAAUCACAGCAUCUUCUGGAAGAACCUCGCCCCUAUCAGUGAGGGAGGGGGAGCGCCACCCGAGGGUGCUUUAGCGGCAGCCAUUGACGCCCAGUUUGGGUCGCUGGACGCCCUUGUCUCCAAGUUCAAUGCUGCUGGUGCUGGCGUGCAGGGGUCCGGAUGGGUGUGGUUGGGCCUUAAUGACCGGAAGAAGCUGGCGAUUGUCACGACAGCCAAUCAGGACGCGUGUGUGACUACAGGCCACGUGCCUCUACUGGGUGUUGACGUCUGGGAGCAUGCCUACUACCUUCAGUACAAAAAUGUUCGCCCCGACUACCUGAAGAACAUUUGGAAGAUCAUCAACUGGAAGGAUGUGGCUUCUCGCUAUGCAGCUGCUUAUUGA